AAGAAGAAAGGGCGGAAGUAGCUGAGAAAGAAGGUGCGCACCACAUCCAUCGUGCGUAAGAGGCUCGGCGCUUGGUCACACAGAAAGUUCCAGCAAGUCACUCCGCCGAGAAGAGACGCAUUAAACGCGGGGGGGGAAAGAAAUGUCUGUUAUUUCGGAGGAAAAUGUCCGCGGCGAGAACUUAUUCAAGGAAAUCGGCGCCGACGGCGAAGACUGGCAGCCCACCGAGCUGGAGAGCAUGUGUAUGAACUGCCACCUGAACGGUGUGACGCGCUUGCUCCUGACCAAGAUACCCUUCUUCAAAGAAGUCAUCGUCAGCUCGUUCAGCUGCGACAACUGCAACUGGUCCAACACCGAAAUCCAGUCCGCGGGUCGGAUACAGGACCAAGGCGUUUGUUACACGUUGAAAGUCAAAACCAAGGAGGACUUGAACCGGGAGGUGGUGAAGGCGGACAGCGCGACCACCAGGAUACCCGAGCUGGAUUUCGAAAUCCCCCCCUUCACCCAGAAAGGUGCCCUUUCCACCAUCGAGGGCCUGCUGGACCGGGCCGCCGCCGGCCUGGAGCAGGAGCAGCCGGCCCGGCGCCUCAACGACCCCGAGGUGGCGGAGAAGAUCGACGGGUUCAUCCAGAAGCUGAGGAAGCUGAAGGAGGUGGAAGACGAGUUCACGCUGGUGAUCGAGGAUCCCUCCGGCAACAGUUUCGUGGAGAACCCCACGGCGCCUCAAAGAGACGAGGCCCUGACCGUGUCCCAUUUCAAGAGGACGGUCCAGCACGACAUCCAGCUGGGGUUACGGGCCGAUGGCGACGACGAGGAGCCGGACGAGGAGCCGGCCGGCAGCGACAUCGACACCAUGAGAGGCGAGGUUCUGGCCUUCAACACCAACUGCCCCGAGUGCAACGCGCCGGCCUCCACCAACAUGAAGCUCGUCCAGAUCCCCCACUUCAAGGAGGUCAUCAUCAUGGCCACCAACUGCGACAGCUGCGGCCACCGGACCAACGAGGUGAAAUCCGGCGGCGCCACGGAGGAGAUGGGCACCAGGAUCACCCUGCGGGUCACCGACGUGUCCGACAUGACCCGGGACGUGCUGAAGUCGGAGACGUGCGGCAUCGGCAUCCCGGAGCUGGAGUUCGAGCUGGGGAUGGCCGCCGUGGGCGGGAAGUUCACCACCCUGGAGGGGCUGCUGACGGACAUCAAAAACCUGGUCGUCUCCAAGAACCCCUUCAUCUGCGGCGACAGCGGCGUCUCGGAUCGGGUGGAGAAGCUGCGCGCGUUCGGCGAGAAGAUCGACAGGAUCAUGGCCGGGGAGCUGGAGGUCCACGUCGUCCUGGACGACCCGACGGGGAACAGCUACGUGCAGAACGUGUACGCGCCGGAUCCGGAUCCCGAGCUCACCACGGAGAAGUACACGCGCACGUUUGAGCAGAACGAGGACCUGGGUCUGAACGACAUGAAGACUGAGGGGUACCAGGAGGAGCAGCCGAGUGGCAGCGGCGCCGCAAAGCACUAAAUGGGUCGGAACUCCCGGCGUAAUGACAUCGCUUCAUAUUUUCUACCAUUAAACAGACGUUUUAAGUUGAACCCUGGGUGGACGGUUGUCUCCAGCAGUGUAUUUGUUGGCAAAAAGGACUUGUUGUUGUUGUCUAAGUUGCCUAAAUGCUGCCGUCAUUAAAGAUGCGUCCUUAAUCUC